GAAUCUAAAAAUGAUGGGAGGAGCUCUCUCCCUCCCUCGACCACACAAGUAGAUUCAUUUGGUCGUGUGCCCGCCUGGUGCUGCCUCCGUCACACACCCGCCCCAGCGCAAUCAACUUUGGUUGGAACAUCAAUCCGAGUCGCAAAGGCGCUACCCCGAACCCUCCACCUUUGAUGACCAACGCGUCCUUGGUGUCAGCAGCUGCAGUGUUGCUUCAUCUGUGCUCGAGACUCCCGCUUCUCGCUAGCGCUGCAGCUCCUCUUUCCCUGCUGAUCACACCGCCGACGGGCCUCUUCGGUAGGCAACUUCAACCAGUUCAAGCUAUCACCAGCAGUAGCACCUCGGCUUUGACGGCGAUGACUACUACCCACGAGGACUUCGAGGCCUACGACGGUGGAGACUACAAGAUUUUCGUCGGCAGGGGGAUGGAGAGGUUUAGGAGAGGGGAGGUGGCAGGCUCCGUGAGCGACUUCGAUCGCGCCAUCAGCCUCCAGCCUCGCCUGGAGGCCUACAUGUGGCAGAGGGGCAUCAGCUUGUACUACGCCGACCAAUUUGAGGAGGGAUCCCGGCAGUUCCGCAAAGACGUCGCGUUGAAUCCUAACGACACCGAAGAGGCGAUCUGGACGUUCAUGUGCGAGUCGAGGAUACCAAGCGUUGGGUUCGCCACGGCGAAGCAGAGGCUCGUGAAGAUAUCAAACGAGCGACGUCCAUACAUGCGCGCGGCGUACUCGCUGUUCAAGGGCGAUGCUUCGGAGAGCGACCUCGCUAAGCAGAUGGAGGUCUCGUUAGGGAGCAACGGCGUCGCGGGCUCGGGGGCCCCGUAUUUCUACGUGAACCUGUACCUGGGUCUCUACUCGGAGGCGAAGGGCGACGACGUGCUCGCGAGAAAAUACAUUUCCGCGGCGGUGCGGUCCCCGUACGCCAAGUCGGGAGACUACAUGUGCGACGUAGCACGUGUGCACCAACAGGUCAGGGGAUGGUGAGAGCCGGCACAUCAAGCGCUCGCUCUUAUUUGCUCUCACCCACCUCUGCCUGAGACCUGUCUAUAAUGUUCUACGUACAUAGAGCCCGGUAGGUUGGCUUGGUAGCCGGCCCUCCGGCGGUAUGCGCCCGCAGUUUUUCCAUUGGCGCCGCUGAUUGGCCGAAUGGUGUCAAUGACGUCAGCCAUGUUCGAAAAUUUCCUUGGGGCCGUCGGUGUGUUUCGUUCUUUUCAGCCAGGCAUGGGUUCUUGUUGAAGCUGUCGGCGUCGCGCGCAGGCAGCAAACGUGGUUCCGAGCGGUAGCAGCCGCUCGCUGCGGUGGCACUCCGGCAGAAUGUACAGCUCUGGUGAUAGAGGUGUUGGGUGGGUAGUGAUGAUGUUCGUUUGUCUCGGCGGUGUAGGUCCUGAUGUGGAGGAGGAGGCAUUUCCUCUGUCAUUGUCUGGAUGCUGUUGGGUGUCAGGGUUUGUCACGCAGGACGAGGGUGGAACUAUUUAGUGUUCGCAGGGUGCAUGUUGGAAGUGACUGUCAGAGGUUAUAUAUAGUAUGCAGAGCCGCCGUGGCAAACGUCAGGAUGACUUUUUGUUUGCAGCGUGCAUGUUGGAAGUGGCGUCGGAGUCUGGUUGGUGCAGGACAAGGGUGCGCCUAACGUCAUGGCGUCAGUGUUUGUAGCGUGCAUUCUGGGUGGAUAGAACAGAAGUGUUGUCGGAGUCUAGUUGGGGUCAUGGCAGGGAUAUUACGUGUCACACGGCACCAACGCCCUUGGGGUCGCUGUUGGAAAGUCUGCGGUUGUUGCUGUGGCCCUUGCGAAUCGUUGGACAGGGCAGAGCAGGGCAGGGGCAUACUGCUUCCGCCCGGCCUCAUGGCACCGAUCGCGUCUUCACUCGGCUUUUAUUUUGGGAUGGUAACAAGGAAACAGCCACCUCUUGUAUCUAUGGGUAUUGGAUGGCGGAUUGUUUGAUAUUUGUAACGAUAUCUAGUUCCAGCGGUUUCUCUGUCAUCUGUCACACUGGGUGACUUUUUUUAUUGUGGUCGCUAAUGCUAUUUGGAGGGGACGGAACGAAGGUGAUUUGCCCGCUGUUUCGCUUGCAUUCGUGCGUGGUGUUCAUUAGUUCCUUACGUAGGACAUCUAUAUAGCUAGUCGGGUUUGCUUGUAGCCCUUGGCCUGAACGCACAUGUCUCAUUGUCUCUCAUUAUCCGGGGCCAGUAAUGAUGUUUGCGUUCUUAGCAGUCACAGCGGUAAUAGUCCUACUCUAUAGUGAGCUUUAGGAAGGUUGCUGAUGGACAGAGAUUGCUUUAAUCAGGGUGAAACUUGAGUGAGUUGACAAGACUUUUCCCCAAGGGGCGGCAAACUACAAGGGCAGCGCUUGGCGGCUCUGUGGUAAAUGGCAGAUGAUGAGAUGGAGAACGAUAAUCAAUCAUGGAUACCAAGGUGCAGGAGAAGGCUUCUUCUCGUGUGAUGUGAAAGGGGCACAAGAAGCCGAGCAUGGGACCUACGGCAAUCCAACAGACGCCACCA